GCACUAGCCUACCGUAGCCGAGUGCGGGGCGUGAGCCACCACGUACGGCGUCGAGAUGGACAGGCCCUAUCCUCCUCCUGCUCUGCUCGUCCUCCUCUCCCUCUUGCUCUGCCUCUGCCUCCUCCACGGUCAGCGCGCCGCUUCUGCCGCCGUCGUCACCUCCGGCACCGGCGACGGCAGCGAGCUCUGGGGAUAUGUCCAAGUCCGCUCGAAGGCGCACCUGUUCUGGUGGUAUUACAGGAGCCCGCGGCGUGCGUCGUCGCCGGGGAAGGCAUGGCCGACCGUCCUCUGGCUGCAGGGCGGCCCGGGAGCGUCCGGCGUCGGGCUCGGCAACUUCUUGGAGGUCGGCCCGCUGGACGUCAACCUGAAGCCGCGCGACUCGACAUGGCUGCAGAAGGCCGACCUCAUCUUCGUGGAUAACCCGGUGGGCGUCGGGUACAGCUACGCGGAGGACCCGAGCGCGCUGGUGACGACGGACUGGCAGGCGGCCACGGACGCCACCGAGCUCCUCAGGGCGCUGGCCGGGGAGAUACCCGCGCUGCCGACCAGCCCGCUGUUCCUCGUCGCCGAGUCCUACGGCGGCAAGUACGCCGCCACGCUCGGCGUCUCCCUUGCCAAGGCCAUCCGCUCCGGCGACCUCAAGCUCACGCUCGGAGGCGUCGCGCUCGGGGAUAGCUGGAUCUCGCCGGAAGAUUUCACGCUCGCGUACACGCCGCUGCUGCUUGACGUGUCCAGGCUGGACGACAACGCCGGCGACGAAGCCAGCAAGAAGGCGGCGACGGUGAAGGAGCAGAUCGCCGCCGGGCAGCUUGCCGACUCGCAGAGGUCUUGGGCCGAUCUGCUUGGUUUCAUCGACAAAAAGAGUGCCAGCGUCGACAUGUACAAUUUCUUGCUCGACUCCGGCAUGGACCCGGUGUCGGCGAGCUCAUCCUCACCGUCAUCGCCGUCGCCGGCGAGCAACGCCCAGUUGACGAAGUACUCGACAUACCUUGGAACCCAAGCGGCCGAUUCAGGUUCCAACACGAUCAACGGCAUCAUGAACGGAGUUAUCAAGGAAAAGCUCAAGAUCAUCCCCAAAAACCUCAAGUGGCAGGAGCUGUCAGAUCCGGUCUACAACGCGUUGGUCAAUGAUUUCAUGAAGCCAAGAAUCAACGAGAUUGACGAGCUGCUCUCUUACGGUAUCAAUGUCACAGUCUACAAUGGACAGCUUGAUGUGAUAUGCUCGACGAUCGGCGCAGAAGCAUGGGUGAAGAAGCUUAAAUGGGAUGGGCUGAACAACUUCUUAAGCCUACCAAGGCAGCCCUUGCAGUGUGGUUCUUCCAGAGGCACCAAGGCGUUCGUCAGAUCAUACAAGAACCUGCAUUUCUACUGGAUACUUGGAGCUGGACACUUUGUGCCUGUUGAUCAGCCCUGCAUUGCACUGAGCAUGAUCAGUAGCAUAACCCAGUCUCCAGCCAGUUAGAUUUCUCAUCAGUAGCCUACCUAACUAAAGACAGAAAACAGAAGGCAAACAGAAAGGAAGCUUCACUCACUUAGCAGGAUGACAGAAAACAGAAGACAAACAGAAGGAAGAGGGAUUGGAGAGAGGGCAUACUUGAAGCCAAUGGAACUAAUGUUUUGAAAAAUCCAAGUUUGUUUUGAUUGUUAAUUUAUGAUGAACGAUUGGUAUGUGAGAUAAUUGGUUUUAAUAUUUGAAGUCUUUGGCGAAGUGGUGGUGUUGGGUGACUAGAGAUCAUUUGGUCAUGAAGAAGAACAGAAAACCAGGGAAGCGUUGAACCUCUCUCAAGGCCGCAUCUCUAUUGAUAUUUGACGAGAAGAGCCAUCGCUGUGGUGUGUACAUCGGAGGCAUGGUGCAUGGUUGUUUGGUGUAACAAACUAUGGAUUACAAUCCUAUCUAGACAACCUUAAUAACCAUGCACCACGUGAUUGUUGAAAGUAUAAGCACAUAAUGAUUUAAUCUAUCGCGUAAA